UCCAGUAUCGUCUAAUCCUACAAAAUGUUCAAGCUUUUCGUAUUUUUGGCCCUUGUUGCCUUCGCCUUCGCCACCGCCGCCCCAAAAGCUGAACCUCAGUACUUUGGAGGAUAUUAUGGCGGUUUGGGCUACCACCAUGGCUUGGGAUAUGCCGGAUACGGAGGAGCUUUGGGUUACGGCUAUGCUUCCCCCUAUGCCUACGGACAUUACGGCUACGGAUACUACUGAACACCUCAGUGAUUAGUUGAUAAGCUUUACUCCUACCAGUUUGUUUUACCAGUUUUUGAUUCUAUGAAUUUUAUUGUGCAUACCUGUUAAUUUCAAAUGUAAAACUAAAUAAAAACAUUUAAAAACAA